GUGAAAGGACCCCGAUCUCCACCACGCGGUCACUGGGGAGUCGACACACGCAUCUCUAUUCCCUGCAUCAUCCACUCACAUAUCCAAUUGGCGAGAAGCCUAGUCUUCUUACUGAACCAUGGCUUCGGUUGAAGAUGACGACGAUCGCGACCUUGCAGGCUCUCAAGACGGAAGCUCGGACAAUGAAAUGGAGGAUACACUUCGGGAUGCAGACGAUGGGGGUAAUGACAACGAACCUGAUCCCGACGUGGACGCCGACCAAGAUGCGGAAAGCCAGUCCAAUGCCAGUCAUGCAUCGGAAAGCGCUGGGGUAGCGACGCAACCGAACCCUGAUGUCGAAAUGUCUAAUACAACUGCUGCGAAUUCCUUUUCUGAUCCGAGAGCUGCUUUCCAUCCGAGCGUGCGGGAGAAAUGCCUGACGGCGCCUACGUUCGAUAUAGUCCCAACUACGGCCGCCCCUCACAGUACUUCGAUCAAUGCGGUAACUGCGACCGCUGACAUGAGAUGGGUUUUCAGCGGCGGCUCCGAUGGAUACGUUCGGAAGUUCAAUUGGGUAGAUUCUGUCAACAGCAAGCUGAUGCUCACUGUGGCGCAAAGACACCCUUUCGUCGACAGUGUCAUCAAGGCGGGUGUGCUAAUGACAUACUGGGAAAACAUGGAUGGGAACACAAUAUCGCCAGUAUACUCUUUGGCUAGCCACAGUGAGGGUCUAUGGUUGUUGUCCGGCUUGGAAUCUGGUAGCAUCCGUCUGCAAUCAGUCCGUCACGAUGAAGGAAAAGAGAUCGCUCUUCUGCAGCAGCAUACAUCCGCAGUCUCUGUACUGAGCUUGACUUCAGAUGAAAAGUCCCUACUGUCCGGCAGCUGGGACAAGCGAGUUUUUGACUGGGACCUUAACACAGGGCAGACCCGACGCGCAUUUGGGUCUAGUGCCGGGCAAAUAUCUGCGGUCGAGAUACGACCAGAAUCCAGUCUGCCAGUUCCCAGGGAUACAACCGAGAUCCAGCAAACAAAUGGAACAUACUCGUCCAAUUACCAGGCUCCUGAGAAUGGCAGCUUUAACUUCAUGGAUACGUCGAACGACGGUGAAAACGGCGCUGGUUCAAACCCGCAGGCGGGCUCUCCGGCCGAUUCACUCUUCGGCGGGGCCGACUCGCUAUUCGGCGACGAGAACGGGAAUGGAGGCGACGAGGCCGGCGCAUCUGGAAAUGCUUUCGGCAUUGAUGAGGAUGAUGAGUUUGGUAAAGCUCUAACUAAUGGAGUGUUGCCAGAUGCCGAUGCCCCUGGAGAACCGGAACCGAGUCAGAACGGCGUUGCAGAGGCUCCUGCUGCUCCGGCUCCGGCUCCGGCUGCGGCUGGUGCUGAAGCCGCAACUGUUAAUGAUAUUGCCGCCACUCACCCCCCGGCGGAGAUGCCUAAUGGCUCUUCUCAGCCGAUGAUCAAUGGACUACCACAUGCCGAAGAGCUGGAGCCGCCUAGCCAUACUCAAGAGAGUGCUCUUCCUGCGUCAGCAGAAACAACCUCUAACACCGAUAACCUAUUCUUGGCUGCAUCCAUUGAUGGUACUAUUCGAGUGUGGGAUAGAAGAGAGCCAGACGCCGUUGCUCGCAUCACUUCUCAAAACUGCCCACCUUGGUGCAUGAAUGCCUGCUGGUCUCCAGACGGCAACUAUAUUUAUGCAGGCCGCCGUAAUGGCACUGUCGAGGAGUACAGUCUUCAUAAGGGCCUCAGGAGUGCAGAACGGACCUUCAAGUUCCCUCAGGGCAGUGGUCCGGUCACGGCACUCAAGGCGAUGCCUAACGGCAGACACAUUGUUUGCGCAUCGCAUGACAUUCUGAGGUUGUACGACCUCAAACAUGAGCAAGUGACUCGCCACUCGACGGUGCCUUUCUUGAUUAUCCCGGGACAUCGUACCGGAACUGUUUCCCAGCUAUACAUUGACCAGGCGUGUCGCUUCAUGGUCUCAACAAGUGGCAACAGAGGCUGGGAAGGUAAUACCACCGAGGUCUUGCUAGGCUAUGAGAUUGGGGUUCCUGGAUAAGUGGUCUGCCUGCUGCCUUGUAAAAGGUUGGGCAUCAGUGACACAC